GCAGGGCAAAUGGCUGAGAGUUUGGACCAGAACCUGCGCUGCGGUGUCUGUGCGCGGAUAUAUUCCGAGCCCGUGACCCUGGACUGCGGGCACAAUUUCUGCAGGCCCUGUGUCCUGGGGCUGUGGGGCAACCUAGAGGACACUGUCUCCUGCCCACAGUGUGGCCAGCAGUUCCCCAGGAGGGAGCUGAAGACCAACCAGCUGUUGGCAACCCUGGUGACCAGCCUGGGUGUCCUGAGCCUGGAACCCAGCCCUGUGGUGAGCGGACAAAGGUGCCAAUCCCACUGGGCAGAGCCAAUGCUCUUCUGCUCCAAGAACCUCAUGCUGGUGUGUCCCAGCUGCCUGGCACGGGAUCCGGACAAAAGGAAAUCCUUAAUGCCUCCAGAGGAAGCCUACACAUUCUGCCAGGAGAAACUGGAGAACUCGGCGGCGUUCCUGGAGAAGAGAUUGGAGGAGUAUCGGCUGGCGGAGUCCAGCCAGGGCGCCCGAAUCUCCGAGACUCUGGAGUUGGCAGAUAACCUCCAGGAGAACAUCGAGACACAAUUUGCCAAGAUGCACCAGCUCCUGUCGGAGCAGGAGAUGAAGCUGAGGGACCGGUUGACCGAGGAGUCCCAGGGCCUUGUGCAGGCGCUGGAGGGAAACCUCAAGCUGGUCUCCAAGAGGACCGCCUCCGUCCAGAAGCUCAUCGCAGAGAUACGCUCACUGACCGACACUGAGGACCGAGACAGGCUCCUGACGGAAAUCAAGAACAUCCUCCAAAGGAGCGACCUGCACCAGGAGCCGGUGCUCCAGCUGCCCGGGAUGAGCGUGGGUGAGUUCCGCGGGCCGCUGCAGUACGCGGCGUGGAAGCAGAUGUUGAGCAUCGUCAGCCCAGCUCCGGCCCCGCUCACGUUGGACCCGGAGACGGCGAGCCCCUGCCUGAUGCUCUCCAAGGACCACACCAUGGUGAAGAGGCGCACCAAGCUCCGGCAAGUGCCGGAGAGCGGCAGGAGGUUCGCCUUCUGUGCGGCCGCGCUGACCACCGAGGGCUUCGCCUCCGGGACGCACUACUGGGAGGUGGACGUGGAGACUUCGGCCGGCUGGAUCGUCGGCGCCGCCAGGGAGACGGCGGAACGCAGCGAGGAGGUGCCGCUGACGCCCGCCAACGGCUACUGGACCGUCCGGCUGUGGAACGACAAGGUGCAUUGGUGCCGCGACAGGCUGGCAUCGGCUCACUCCUGCGCCGACGCCAAGCCCCAGCGGGUGGGGGUCUACCUGGACUACGAGGCGGGUCAGCUCUCCUUCUACGACGCCGGCGACAUGUCGCACCUCUGCACCUUCUUCGACCACUUCGCCGAGAAGAUCUACCCCUUCGUUUUCCCUCUGUCCGGCCUGGAACCGGCCGAGACUGAGGUCCUCAGGCUCUUCCAUCUGCGGCUGUGA